AGCGUCGAUCCGAAAUUGGUGGUAGUUAUUCCCAAUCUAAAGAGUAUUUUAUUAAAACCAAUCUAUUUAUUUAUUUUUCAGUUACUACUAAGUAGUAGUAACAAGUUUGAUACGCAUAAAGUCGGGGGAGUGGGAUCUAAAAGCUUGGCGUUCCCGCCAUUCAAUCGAAAGUUUUCCAUAUAAAAGCACUACUCCCCAAACUUGUCCAUCAUCUAUUCAUCUUCGCUCCAAAUCGUUCUCACUUGUUACUCGUCUCAUGAAUAUAUAUAUAUUCGCCAUUCAUUGCUAGGGUUCCGCGCCACCAUACCCAGACUCGCUUCAACAUCUUUUAACUAUCAUUAUGCCGGCGCCUAACACAGUUCCUAUAUCAAUAACGCAUACUGCCAGUCUGCCAUACUUCCAUAUCUUGUUAUUUAAAGAACGGGAAGGUAAACUGACUGAGGAUUUCCAGUUGAUAUUGCAGAUAUGGAGAAGUAGUCCCUCGAUCAUGGACAAAGAUCAUGGUCACAACUCACAAAUUAUUAUCUGAUGGGACAGAUAGGGCCCAUGAUAUGGCCUAGGGACUCUUAUUUGCUGUCUACGCCUGUAUCUGAUGCCAUCUUUACAAAGUAAAGUGAUUUUACAGCCAACUGUCUAUUCUAGUGCAAAUCCACGAGAGCUUCCUAGCUCAAGGUCAUAUGCAACAGUGUUGAGUUUCUACAACAGUAUGACCUUAAAGCCAAUGUAUAACAUGUUCAUCAAGUGGGCAGCCGCUAAGGAGAUAGAACCCAGGCAACGCAAUCCGCUAAGUGGUCUUUCCACCUGUUCGUGAAAACACUGUUUACAAGAAAGGCAACUUAUGUGUACGUCCACUGGCUGUUCUUGUUCUGUGUGUGUGCUGUGAGAAAAGAAAAUGUCUGCUUUGGCUGGUGCUUCUGUAAAUGAGUGGGAGGAACGCAACCAAAGACUUGUUGAAGCUGGGAAUGAGCUGCUUCAGCAUCCCACAUCUUCUAAAGAGGAGCUUCUGGAAAAACUUGAUAAUUUAGAGCAUCUUCUGUUAAGGGUGGCGCAAGUUCCCCCUGCAUCGGCUCUAGAUGCUAUUCGACCUGCAAUGGAAGCACUAGUUGCAGAUGGACUUCUACGGCAUCCUGACUUAGAAGUGAAGGUGUCAGUUGCAUCUUGCAUCAGUGAGAUCAUGAGAAUUACAGCUCCAGAGCAACCAUAUGAUGAUAGCAGAAUUAAGGACUUUUUUGAGCUUGCAGUGUUGGCGUUUGGGAAAUUGUCUUGCUUGGAUGGUCGGUGUUAUUCAAAGGCUGUUUCAAUUAUUGGAGUUCUUGCGAAGUACCGAACGUGCGUGCUAAUGUGGGAUCUCGAGUUAGAUGCCUUGGUUGUUCAGAUGUUUCAACAGUUUCUGAAUAGUAUAAGGCCGGACCACCCUGAUCAUGUAUUCAUGAACAUCGCGGAAAUAAUGAGCAUGAUAAUAAAAGAGAGUAUUGAAGGAAUUCCAAUUCAGCUUCUGAACAUCCUCAUAGGUAGUGUUAACAAGGAAAACCAGAAUGUUUCACCUCGUUCCUAUCUGCUGGGAGAGAGAGUUCUUCAAGAAAGUGCUGUCAAACUUCAUCCAUAUCUUCCAGCAGCAGUGAGGUCCCUCCGCAUUUCCACUAACAACUAUUCGGAAGUUCUUGAAUUAAUAAUGAGAGAGAAUGCUAUAAUGUUUCUUCGAAAAUCUGGGCAGGAAGAAAGUGAUCAAUUUGUGAAUGGAGCAUCAAAAUCACAGGUGGAAAAUGGUCCUGAAGAGCUUUGUCAUAAAGUUGCUUGCUUUGACGAUGUUAGGCCACCCACGGAAGAAACUUCCAUGCUUCCAGACACUGAUUUUAAAGUUGCUGCAUCAAAUGGCUCUGUUGUAAUUUCUGUGCGAUCUGUGGACGAUUCCGUUAAGACGCUGGUCAAUAAUGACUCUGAAAAGCUUUCCCACAAUGCUAAUUAUGGUGGCAAAGUUGGUCCACCCUUACCUGGAUCUUCCAAGACGCCCACAAAUGAUGGCCCUAGUGAGCUUGCACCACAUUCUGCACCUGAGAGAGUGGCUUCAUUCUUAGAUCAACCAUCUCACCUGCCAGGGAAAGAUGAUCCCGAGCAUAAGGUCGAUGACGUCGUUCUAGAGACGGAUACAACUUUAAAAGAAUCAGAACAUGGAGAUGCAAUGAAGCAGCAGAGAAGUAAAGAAUCAAGGAAGUCUUCCCCACCUGAAAACUUGGGUUUGAUAAAGGCAGCCACAAAAGAACUAGAUCUGGAAGCUACUCAAGCUUCAAAGAAAAGAGGUUGGAAACCUAAUUUUUUGAAUAAACCAGAGGAAGGAUAUGAUCAUGCAUGGCUAAGUGGAGAAAGGAGAUCAAAAGGCCAUAUUCGCAUGAAGGGUUGUGGGAAAAAUACUAAAAAGAGAAGUAGCUGUUCACCUAAAUCUGCAAUCUCCACUGGAUUGUAUUCUUCAUCUGGUGAGGAGAAGACUCCAAUAAUGACUUCUAUAAAGAGACGCCGAAAGGAGAAAAAUGACAAAAUAGGUCAGAAUGAUGGUGCACAAUUUUCAUCAAUUUCAGCAAGAGAUUCACCGGGAGCUAUAACCAAGAAAAAAGUCUCGCAACCUACAUUGGUUGCUUCAGAAGAAUUUGGUGUCUUUGAGGCAUUAGAAAAGAAACAUGAAAAAGACGAAAAGAAAAAUGUACCUGCCAGCUACCAUGAUAAAAGAUGGCGGUCAUCAGUACCGGAAUCUGGAGCUGAGGCAUUGGGGUCUGUCUUCUCAAUCACCAAAGAAAGCAACUUUGCCAAAACCUCUAAAGAACAACGUAAAAGGAAGAACUCGGCAGAGGCCAAAGAAAGCAACUUCCCCACAACCUCUGAAGAACAACGUAAAAGGAAGAGCUCGCCAUCACAAGAAGAGGCAUUGGGUUCUGUUUCAAUCACCAAGAAAAGCAACUUCUUCAAAACGUCUAAAAAACAACGUAAAAGGAAGAACUCCCUAUCACAAGAGGAGGCAUUGGGUUCUCUCUCAAUCACCAAGCAAAGCAACUUCCCCAAUAUCUCUAAAGAACAACGUAAAAGGAACAACUCGCUUUCACAAAAAGAGGAUUCUGUGGAUAAGGUUGUCAGCGAGCAUGGCGACGAGCUGGUUGGCUGCAGAGUAAGGGUUUGGUGGCCACUUGAUCAAGCGUUCUAUGGAGGACGUAUCACUUUAUUUGACCAUUCAAAGAAGAAGCACAUGGUGAGCUAUGAAGAUGGUGAACUAGAAAUGCUAAAUCUUACAAAUGAACGCUGGGAACUAGUUGAAGAUGACAAUGCAUCAGUUCCUAGCCACAAGAUUGUUCCUGGUCCAAGUGAUUCGUCUGACAGGCGCCUUGGUUGCAUUGUUGAUUCAUAUCGCCAGAUAAGGAAAAAGAAGAAGUUUCUUGAGCAGGCUUUGAAUGUUAAUGAUGAUGUGCCGGUGCUUACUCCUGGUACUGAAAGCAAGAAGAUCAUUUGCAGCAAAGCAAAGUUAUGUUGGGGUAAAGCAACUGAUGAUCCGACUCCACCUUCAACAAUGACCAUGCAGCAAAAUUUAACUCCAAAAGGAGUGCACCAAAAUAAAAGGAUCAAGGUUGAAGUUUCAGAAUCUGGGGUAGAGGGAAAUCCAAUGAGUUGGACAACACCUGUAAAGGUGUCCCCCGAAGAUGGUGAUGUAUGCAGUGAACUGGUGGAUGUGCAUGGCUAUAAAGUAAAAGCGAGCAAUGCUCCUAUACUUGCUGCCAUUUUUGCCAAGUAUGGUGACAUUACCAUCAACUGUCACUAUAAGUCACCUACUGUCAGAGCUUCCUUUCUUGAUGUGGUUAGUGAUGUUGUCAGGCGGCUGAAAACCAGUGAUGUUAAUUCUUCUUCCAUUAAAGCUAUGAAAUCUGUAGUCUCUGAUGCUUCGGAUGCCAAGCUUGAUGUAACUUGGCUGCAGCAAUAUCUGGAUGAGAUUUCCGAAGAGGAAGAUAUGGAGGAAAAGUCUUCCUAUCUAAUGGCGUUACGCGAGACUACCAUGCUUGUCUCUAAAGCAGCUAAAAAGGACAUGGUACAAAGGAACAGGGAGGUCUUAGCAGCAGAGAAACGGCUCAAAAAGGCUGAAAUGCGCUUGCAAGAGGCCCAAAGCCGGGCAGGAGAGGCAAAAAGGUCUGUCAAAGUAUUUGACAUACUGGGUAAAAAAGUUAAGCAGGACAUCAAGGCUGUUAAGGAUCAAGCACAAUAUUGGCUGAGUAGGUUGAAUGAGCUUCUGUAGUCCGCAGCUGCUUUAUCUUGACAUAAUAGCUUCUAUGUCAAGACAUUAUUGUAAAUUGUGAAUGAUAAUCAUGAAUCUGGGAAGUGUCACAUGGUUGAAUCUUGUUUUGUACAUGAUAGUAACAUUUCUCUUUUUGGAAACAUUCGCAUUUUGUGCAGUAUUAAGUUUGUCAUAUAACAAAAACUAGAAUGGGGUUUUUGUAUGUAAUGCUAUAAACACCUUGAACAAUUGCAGUGAGGUGCUCUGUCUAGUGUUUUCUGCUAAA